AUGUCUUUUAGAAAGAAAAAACUCAAACCUCCAGCGGGUAGUCAAUUUAUUAUAAACGACUCCAUAAUGAGCUAUAUUGACCGCACGAAAACACUAAUAAGGAUGAUUGGAUGCAAGAACCAGUACAUAAAAGCACGUAUGAAAGAUAAGACCUUCUUCUAUACGAAGCAAUUCCGUACAGCCAAAAACAAAUUUUUCUUUCAUCUGUACCAUUGGGAGGCCACUCAUAUUAACGUUGACCACUAUAUAUGUACAUGUCAUCCCAUUUUUUGGGGCUCUAUAGGUCAGAAACUCAGGAGAUCCGCCUGA